UCAAAUGGCAAACACAUAAUCCUCCUCCCCUCUUCUCUCUCAAGCGUUAUAAAAUCCCCUCCAAUCAUCUGCUUUGAUCUGGUUAGGCCAUAACCACAACACAAAUCAAAAACCUUCUCUCAUUAUCUCCCUUUAUCACAACAUCACCAACCUAUAACACCAAUAUCUCUUUCUUCAGUAAAUGCAAAGCGGCGUAGGCUGCAAAAUCUGACAAAGAAACAAAAACCCCUUCUUUGUAAGUACAGUCUCUCUCAACUACGAAACCACAGCAAAGCGAGUACGUCCUAUGCUUCUUCUUCUUCUUGAUUCCAUCCUUACCUAACGUUUUGAUCAGUUAGUUAUAGAGGCGAGUGAAACAGAACUACACAACAAAAACCACUAUAUCCAUACCUUAUAGGGAUAAAAGAAAAGGGGGGCAAACACAGAAAGAAAGAAAGAAACUUUAGCAAUGUUUGAAACUUUGAAGUACCUUGUUGGCUCAGCCGGAGCAAGUGGCUAUGGCUCUAAGUCCACCGCCGAGCAAGUAACUGAAAACUGCUGCGAUCUGCAUUCAAUAACUGCCAUUAUCACCGGUGCCACAUCAGGGAUAGGAGCGGAGACGGCAAGUGUGCUGGCGAAGAGAGGUGCGAGGCUGGUGCUGCCAGCUAGGAACCUGAAAGGGGCAGAAGAUGCCAAGGCAAGGAUUUUAUCGGAGAAUCCUGAUGCCGACAUAAUAGUUAUGGGACUAGAUCUUAGCUCUCUCAAUUCUGUUCGGAACUUUGUUUCAGAGUUUGAGUCCUUGAACCUGCCUCUCAACCUCCUUAUAAAUAAUGCUGGAAGGUUUGCACUCGAGCCUGCGAUCUCUGAAGAUGGGAUAGAGAUGACCUUUGCUACUAAUUAUCUAGGUCACUUUUUAUUGACAAAAUUGUUAUUGAAGAAGAUGAUUGAAACAGCAAAAACAACUUCAUUACAAGGCAGAAUAGUGAAUGUUUCAUCGAGUAUUUACAACUGGUUUUCCGGCGACAUGAUCCGAUAUCUUUGUGAAAUAUCCCGAAACAAAUUAUGUGAUUUCGAUCCUACACGUGCAUAUGCUCUCUCGAAGCUCGCUAUCGUCUUGCACACCAAGGAGGUUGCACAGAGACUUAAGCAAAUGGAGGCCAACGUGACUGUGAAUUGUGUUCAUCCAGGAGUCGUAAGAACUAGACUCACAAGAGAACGAGAAGGCAUGGCCACAGAUAUAGCAUUUUUCUUGACUUCCAAGCUCUUGAAAACUAUUCCUCAGGCUGCUGCUACAACAUGCUAUGUAGCAACACAUCCAACACUUGUAAAUGUGACUGGAAAGUACUUUUCGGAUUGCAACGAAGCCUCGACAUCCAAAUUGGGAUCCAACUCAACAGAAGCUGCUCGGUUAUGGACUGCCUCAGAAAUCAUGGUUUCUAGAGGGUCAAACGCAGUUUUUGACCCCCUCACCAGUGCAUUAGAUUAUGAUACAUCAAAAAAGCAAUUCAAAUAAAAGAAUAGAAAAGAAUAAAUGCAAGAUCAUUAGGGAUCGACAGAGGGAGAUCAGAGAAGAAGAAGAAGAAACAGGAAAUAUAUAUAUAUAGAGAGCUGUAAAUGAUGAGAAAAGCUAGCUAGAGAAAUAUAAUACAAAAUGUACACUGCUUAAUUAGAGUAUGUUAAUUAAUUAGUUUCAUAUAUGUCAUAGAUAAUAUUGCUUGGACGUUAUACUGCUUGAUACAUUAUAUGUAGUUAGAUCAUAUGAGAUUCUUAGAGGCAGCACUUUUGUAGUGAA